AAUGGCGGAUUUAGUAGGACCACCACCCAAAAAUUCUCGAAGUCAUGUGGAUUACCAAUCAACAAAGACUCCGACCCUUAUCAGAAUUAAAAAAGAAAAUGAAAUUCUCACCACAUAGACACAUGCAUCAAGUUUCUUCCUUGGUUUGGUCACGCUUUUAAACACUUAUAAUUAGUGUUAGCUUUAUUGAUUUUGAUUCCUUUGUUUUCCCUCCAAGCUCAGUUUCUCAAAGCGUCUGGUUUUGUCACUGCCAAGGUUCUUCAGCUACUGAUACUCUGUGAGUUGAAUUUUUCUUCACCUGUCAAAUCAACUUUCCAGGGCUUUCUCUCCCUGUUGCCUUUUGCCAGCUCCUUUGUUUGAUUCUCAUUUCUCAACUUUGUCUGCGGCUGUUUACUUUUGAUGGGUUGUGACUGUUUUCUUUUUUAUUGCCAUGUUUUACCUGUGCUUGGAUUUCUCUCCCUUUUUCCCUUUUCCUUGCACGGCUGCCAGGUUUUGGCAAGUCACCAUGAGAAGACUUUGGCUUCUGGUUUUGAUGAUUUUUUACAAUGAGUUAUUUCCAUAUGGGAGUAGAACACAUGCUUCUGGAGCGCCUAAUGUUGUGAACAUUGGGGCACUUAUCGCAUUCAAAUCUACCGUUGGGAAGGUUGCGAAAUUGGCAAUAGAAGCUGCCGUUGAAGACGUGAAUUCAGAUCCAACUGUUCUUGGUGGAGCUAAGCUUAAUGUUAAAAUGCAGGACACCAAUCACAGUGGAAUUCUGGGCUUUGCUGAGGCCUUACAGCUCUUGGGGAGUGAAACAGUGGCCAUAAUUGGUCCACAGGAUUCUGUGACAGCUCAUGUUGUCUCUCAAGUUGCAGAUGAGCUUAAAGUCCCUCUAUUGUCAUUCUCAGCUGCAGAUCCUACCUUGUCUUCACUUCAGUUCCCAUUUUUUGUUAGGACUACCCAGAAUGAUCUUUACCAGAUGGCCGCAAUAGCCGAAAUCGUGAACUACUAUGAUUGGAGGGAGGUAAUAGCAAUCUAUGGCGACGAUGACUAUGGAAGAAAUGGGAUUGCUGCAUUAGGAGAUAAACUUGCUGAGAAACGUUGCAAGAUAUCAUUCAAAGCACCUUUGAGCCCUCAAGCAACCCAGACUGAAAUCACUGAUUUACUGGUUCAAGUGGCUUUAGCUGAGUCUCGGAUUCUUAUUGUUCAUACUUUUGCCAGUUGGGGUCCUGUGGUGUUUCGUGUGGCUCAACACCUUGGGAUGAUGGGACCUGGCUAUGUUUGGAUUGCUACUAACUGGCUUUCUACUUCCUUAGAUACUAAUUCUCCUCUUCCUCCAGAUGAGAUGACUGACUUCCAUGGAGUUCUUACGUUGCGGAUGCACACACCGGAUUCAAAACUCAAAAAGAAAUUUGUUUCUAGGUGGAGGAACUUAACCAGGGGAAAUGCAUCUGAUGCACCUAUUGGUUUGAGUACUCAUGGUCUCUAUGCAUAUGACACUGUUAGGCUGCUUGCUCAUGCAAUUGAUUUAUUUUUCAAGCAGGGUGGCAAUAUUUCAUUUUCGAAGAAUCCCAAAGUAGAUUUACAAGGAGGAGAUUUGCAUCUUGAUGCAAUGAAGAUUUUUGACGGGGGGUACUUGUUGCUUCAGAACAUUUUUCAGGCUGAUGUGACUGGUAUAUCAGGCCCUAUCAAGUUCAUCUCAAAAGAUCUCAUAAAUCCUGCAUAUGAAAUCAUCAAUGUGGUUGGAACAGGAUAUAGAAGGAUUGGUUAUUGGUCAAAUUAUUCAGGCUUAUCAGUUGAACCUCCAGAAACACUUUACAGAAGUCCACCAAACCGCUCCAGCUCAAAUCAAUUUCUUUACAGCGUCAUUUGGCCUGGAGAGACGAUAGAGAAGCCGCGAGGAUGGGUUUUUCCUAACAAUGGAAAACACUUGAAAAUUGGAGUGCCAAACCGGGUUAGUUUUCGUGAGUUCGUCUCUGUAAAGGGAACUGAUGUGAUUUCUGGAUUCUGCGUUGAUGUAUUCACUGCUGCUCUUAACUUGUUGCCAUAUGCCGUCCCUUAUAAAUUGAUUCCAUUUGGGGAUGGUCAUAACAAUCCAAGUGUUACUGAGCUUGUGCGUUUGAUCACAGCGGGGGUUUAUGAUGCUGCAGUGGGUGACAUAGCAAUCAUCACUAACCGAACUCGGAUGGUGGAUUUCACACAGCCAUAUAUUGAGUCAGGACUAGUUGUGGUUGCCCCAGUUAGGAAGUUGAACUCUAAUGCUUGGGCAUUUUUAAGGCCAUUUCCUCCAAGAAUGUGGGGUGUUACAGCAAUCUUUUUCCUUGCUGUAGGUGCAGUCGUUUGGAUUUUAGAGCAUAGGGAAAAUGAUGAUUUUCGAGGACCUCCUAGAAGACAAGUUGUCACUGUUUUCUGGUUUAGCUUUUCAACAAUGUUCUUCGCCCACAGAGAAAACACUGUCAGCACCCUUGGGCGCGUAGUGCUGCUUAUAUGGCUAUUUGUGGUUCUUAUAAUAACCUCAAGCUACACAGCAAGCCUGACCUCAAUCCUAACAGUGCAACAACUUUCUUCUCCCAUCAAAGGCAUUGGUAGUUUAAGAUCAAGUAAAGAUCCCAUUGGGUAUCAACAGGGUUCAUUUGCUAGAAACUAUUUAGUUGAUGACCUGGGCAUCGAUGAGUCGAGACUUGUACCUUUUAACUCACCAGAUGAAUAUGCUAAAGCAUUGAAAGAUGGUCCAAAUAAGGGUGGUGUUGCUGCAGUAGUUGAAGAUCACGCUUAUGCUGAACUCUUCCUCUCAACUAGAUGUGAAUUCAGUAUUGUAGGUCAACAAUUCACUAAAAAUGGCUGGGGAUUUGCCUUUCCUCGCGACUCGCCUUUAGCAAUAGACAUGUCGACUGCAAUUCUGAAAUUGUCAGAGAAUGGGGAUCUUCAGAGGAUUCAUGAUAAAUGGCUGUUGAGAAGUGCUUGUAGUUCACAGGGAGCAAAGUUGGAAGUUGAUCGGCUGCAGCUUAAAAGCUUCUGGGGACUUUACUUACUAUGCGGAUUAGCUUGUCUGAUUGCUCUCUUCAUAUAUUUCCUGCAGAUUGUUCGCCAGUUCAGUCGGCACUGUCCUGAUAAGGAUAUAGAGUCGACUGGUAGAAGUUCACGAUCUUCACACAUUCAAACAUUUCUUUCUUUUGUUGAUGAUAAGGAAGAGGAUGUAAAAAUCCGCUCAAAGAGAAGGAAUAUAGAGAGAACUUACAAAAAUGAUGAUGAAUCGAGUAGUUCCCACUCGAACAAAAGGCACAUUGAUUGGUCUAGAAACAGUAGUCUUGAAUCAGAGAAUUGAGCCUGAUUAGAUUAAUCAAAGGAUGCAUACUUAUAUAUCCAAUGAGUUGAAUAAAUGUCAAGAAUGAAAUGCAGAAGGAAAUGGAAGUCUACAAGGAUUGAAGAGCUUCACAGUUGUGCAUCCACUCUUAGAGGUGUAUGAUUGAUUAAUCAUCAAUGUGAAGAAUGCAGGACUAAAAUAUACAAACGACGAAUUAUUUGUAAGCGACACAAUCUUGUAAUAGCUUCGGUUAAGGAAGAACAACAAACAUACUAAGUUACUUUGUAGUGAAGAUCAGAUUAAUUGAACUGAUUUCAUACA